AAGGAUUGCCGUGGAGCAGCGAGGUGCACAGCCCAUGGUUAUAAGUCUUGGUGGUGGGAGUACAUGCUGCUGGGACCUGCAGCCUCCUGCCUCACUAACCUGACUGACUGACAGACUGUUACUGACUCCCUCUCUGUCCCGCUCCGCUGCUCCUUCCCUCCUACUUUAAACCACGGAGAGUGAGAGUCCACAGAUUGGGAAGGUGCUCCCCAGACCUGCGCUCGGACAGCCUGAAGACAGCACAGAGAGGAUUUUUCCCUCUUCAUCCUCUCUUGCUUUCACCAUCUCUCUUCCCAAAAGCACGUGGAUGGACUGUUUUUUCCCUGAUAACUUUUAGGGGUUUUUCUUUUUGUUUGUUUGUUUUCCUGGAGGCAAAUCAGAUAAAAGACAAGCAAGGAGUUUUUUUUUUUGUUUUUUGUUUUUAUCCUCCAUCUGUAGCUGAGACUUUUUUUUUCAUUUUUCAACUCCUGUUUUUGGCUGUUUUGCUUCUUCUCCUAUCAGCAGCUCUGGAUGAGUUCAGGCUGCCAGUUCUUUGCCCAGGAGAACGCUUCUCCUCAUUUUUGGCUGCAUGUCUGCUGAGCGUUUGAUGCCGUCACAUCUCAUGGGUGACUGGUGUGGCUGAAGCAAGGAGGGAGGUAAAAGAGAAACCCACCUGAAGAGCAAACACACAGCUGCCGGUACCUGGUGCCCACCCCUCCCGCCCCUCCGAACCCCCCGAGGAGAGAUAGUUCUUUGCGUGUGAGAGAAGCCUGGGAUGCUCGCAACCAUGCUGUUGGCUCCUGUCUGUGUGCUACUGAUGCUUGGGGGGCGUGUCCUGGCUGGAGGCUACCCCCCCAUGCAACACAUGAAGUACAUGCAGCCCAUGAUGAAAGGGCCUAUUGGACCUCCGUUUCGAGAGGGCAAGGGGCAUUAUAUUGAUAUGCCACCCAUGAUGGAAGUGAAGGGAGAACCAGGCCCCCAAGGGAAACCUGGACCAAGAGGCCCCCCUGGGACACCUGGAAUACCAGGAAAACCUGGACUGGGGAACCCAGGUCUCAAUGGACAGCCAGGCCCCCGGGGGCCUUCUGGAUUACCAGGAAUGGGUAAGCCUGGACUUCCAGGUCUCCCAGGAAAGAAUGGGCCAAAGGGAAACCCAGGAUUUACGGGCGAGGUUGGACCUCGUGGUGAACCAGGUCCCCGUGGACUUGCUGGGCAGCCUGGCCUUCCUGGUCCAGCUGGGAUCUCUCUAAAUGGGAAACCUGGGCUUCCAGGUAUGAGAGGUCCCACUGGGACUCGUGGUGACCAGGGAAUAAAGGGUAGUCCUGGCCAACCAGGUGACCGUGGACAUAAGGGUGAGAAUGGAAAUGGAAAGCCAGGAAUACCAGGUAUGGUUGGUACUCCAGGAGAGAAAGGCAAUACAGGACAACCUGGUCUUCCAGGUAUUGGCAAACCAGGACUAAGAGGUUUGCCUGGACAGCCUGGUCUUAAAGGUGAUCACGGACUACCAGGGGAUCGAGGAGAACCAGGCGAGGCUGGGGGACCAGGUCCACAAGGUCUCCCGGGGCCGGGUGUGAUUGGGAAGCCUGGUUUAGAUGGACUUCCAGGGACACCAGGUAUACUUGGCCCAAAAGGUGAACCUGGGCUCAGAGGAAAUCCUGGACUUCCUGGGACUCCUGGUUAUGGAAAACCUGGUUUAAGUGGGCAAAAAGGAGAAAAGGGUCAUAGUGGAUUUCCUGGUCUCCCAGGAGACAAAGGAGAGCAAGGAUUGAUAGGCCCAGUUGGGGGACAAGGUCUUGAUGGACAACCAGGAUCAUCAGGACUUCAGGGUCCAAUGGGACUACCAGGAAAACAUGGAAUGCCAGGGCAGAGGGGAGAAAAAGGGCCACAGGGCCCUCCAGGACUGCCUGGCCUUAGAGGCGACCAAGGACAAAUUGGACCCUCUGGAAAACCUGGUAUCAAUGGGGAAAAAGGAUUCCCUGGACCUAAUGGUCUUAUUGGUAAACCCGGACCCAAAGGUGAGCCAGGAAGUUCUGGCAUACCUGGAAAUUCAGGAAUGACAGGUGCCCCAGGACCUAAAGGAGAGUCAGGGUUUUUAGGGUCUCCUGGCCCCAGGGGUCAGUCUGGCAUUCCUGGUCUUCAGGGACCAAUGGGUCCCAUGGGUCCUCAAGGUGUACCUGGCACAAGGGGUGAACCUGGACUUCCAGGCCCUCCGGGGCUGGGUAAAUUGGGUGAUAAGGGAGCAAUAGGUCCACAAGGUCCUCCAGGGAAACCAGGCCCAUCUGGGCUCAACGGUAACCCUGGCCAACCAGGUCUUCCUGGACCCCCUGGACCUCCAGGAAAUGGCCAAACAGUUGUUGCAGGAGCAACGGAUACAGGUUUGGGUGGGGAGGAAGUACCAGGGGACAGGAAAGGACCUGUAUACAGUCAGGUUCCACUCUCGGCCUCUCUAGCCCCAGCCUUCACAGCCAUUCUCACCACACCAUUCCCUCCUUCUGGCAUGCCAAUCAAAUUUGAUAGGACCCUUUACAAUGGGCAAAACGCCUACAGCCCUUCUACUGGCAUCUUCACCGCUCCUUUAUCAGGUGUCUACUACUUUGCAUACCACAUGCAUGUAAAGGGAACUAGCCUCUGGGUGGCGUUGUACAAGAACAACGUACCAGCCACUUAUACCUAUGAUGAAUACAAGAAAGGUUAUAUGGACCAAGCAUCUGGUAGCGCUGUGCUAGAUUUGAAGGAGGGUGACCAGGUAUUCGUCCAAAUGCCCUCAGAUCAGGCAAAUGGUCUUUAUUCGACAGAGUAUAUCCACUCCUCCUUCUCAGGAUUCUUGCUCUGUCCUACAUAACCCUGUCCUUUCCUUUAAACAUGUUCCUAUAUUAGCACCUCAGAGCAGCCCCAAACCUAAGACACCUGCAGAAACACAAAACCCCAAAAUGUCUCAAUAAUAUUGCCAAUACCAUGUCUGGUUCACCCUCAACAACAGUGAAAGAAACAAACAAACAAACAAACAAAAAACUAAACCAUAAGAAACUUUGUGAAUGAAACAACGAAAGUUUAAAAAGCAGGGGGUGGGUAUUCAUACUGUGUUCUUUAUUUCAGUGUCCUUCAAAUGUAUGUUUUGGGUUGUAUUUUAUGUUGGUGGAUUUUUUUUUUUUUAGCCUAUAUUAUUUUAAUUAUUAAAUUGUCAUAAUUUUAUUAUUAUUAUUAUUUGCUCCUUGUCAUCAUCGUUGUUGUUGUGUAUUGGACUCAGACUAUUAAGUGCCUUACUUUGUAAUGUGCUAGUAACAGACCUUCCCAUGUGACUGCACAUCCUGCCCUCGUGCUCUGAGAUUAGGACGACAUCACCAAACCUUGGGGCGGUGAUUGGUUCCCUGGCUGCAGUCACGUCUAAUGCGUGUUAUUUAAACCAUGAAUGGCAAUCCUACCAUAAACAUAGGAAAUACAGAACACUUACACCGUAGAAAAACAAGACAAUUGGUGCUUUCUUAGUGUUAUGACCCCUUUUUGGGUAUGCGAAACAACUGCUACAUUAAAGUUAUUAAUUAUUUUUUUGUGUGUAUUUUUCAUUAAGAGGAAGAUAGAUAUUUUGACCUUUAGUUAGUUCAUGCACCGGUUUGGGUGCUGAUUCUUAGUUCCUUUCUAUAUUUAAAAUCCAGCUAUUUUAAAUAAUACAUGUCUAUUCUUCUAAUUUCUUGAACUUUCAAUCCAACAAAUUUGAUAUUGGAUACUGAUUUAACCUAACAGUAUUUACUAUUUAGAUUAUUGGAUCUAUAUUGCCCUUUUAAAGCGGAUCAGCACUGUCAUACAGAGAUGAUACCUUACGCCUUAUACUUCAGGAUGAAUUAAAAUGACGUAUGUCUUCUGUCAAUGUUUACACGGCACAGAGUAGAUUCUGAAAGGAAGCUGAUAAGGAUUGUAAAAACACCUGUGAAGUUGGAUCAACAACCUGUUUCUCAUAUAGUGAUUUAAUUCCGCCCAUUUGCAGUGCAUGCCACAUGAACAUGCUGCAGGUAUCCACAUCACUGAGUGCUAGUGAUAACUUUAAUCUAAAUUACUAUGUGAGAAAAGGUUCAUUGCCAUUAAUAACAAAUAAAACACACACUCCUUGCCAAGGCAUGAAUGCCUAACCCUUUGCUUGGCAACUAAAAGCAUUUUUUUUUUUGGCUCUAGUGGCUUGCAUGAGGGCAACAGCCUCUGUAAAUGGCGCCCGCUCAACCUGACAGAGCUAUCCAGUGCCCCACAUUAGUUGUAAUCCUGAAUGAAAUGACUUUCUGUUCAUUUCCAAACCAUUAUGUCAAGACAAAAAAAAAAAAAAAAAAAACAACCCACCCCCCAUCCCAAUUUGUUUAUUUUAAUUGAAAAGCUGUGGCUACAAAGACAGGAUGUUUCAGAACUGAACCAUGUCCAGGAAUACAUUUAGAAGUGAAAUGCACCUUUAGGAAUAAGCAAAGGGACUGACUGAGGCCCGUAGGUUGCGAAAUACAGUUUGCAUAACAAUUAACAAGCCCCUGGCAGAUUUCUGGGAGAGGUGGCAGGUCAGAGGUAAAGAGCUGUUUAUUUACUCAUUUCCGUUGGAUGAAGUAUUAAAGAUACACUCUGCGUGGGCUGUGCUUUUAUGUUCUACAGGUGUAACCUUCUGUGUCUCUUUGUGUCUAUAUGUGUGUGUGUGCGCUUGUGUUUGUAUGGGGCUGAGUCAUGCUGUCCUUUUGGCAUUCAGGCCAUGAAUACUUCAGCAAAGAUAAUGAUAAACUUGAACGGAGUUAUGAAACCUUAGUAAAAGCUUAUGGUCCUGUCAGGCAAGGAAGCUUUACAUUUCACCCACCUGAAUAUUUUGGCCUCAUUUGUGCUUCGCAACAUCCUCACGAGACGGUCAGUUCACAAUGCUUGAAUCGUGCAUUUGCAACGAAAGAACGAGUUACGCAAAUAGACGAUAAGUGUGACAUGAGAAAUAGUAACAAAUGAAUUGGCAUUAUGGAGAUGAUGUUGAAAAGAUGGCGUUUAUGGCUUUGUUGCAAAUUCAUAAAUGGAAUAAUGUCCAAUAAUCAAACCGAGAAAAGAACAAAGAAGACAUACUAUGAAGUGUACAAAAUUUGUUGUAGUUGGAAAAACUGUUGUGAUGAAAUAAUAAGAUGAUGUGACUGUCUGUGCCUUUGCCUGUUUCCGCUCAGACGAAACUUUUCUUUAACUUAUGGCACCCAAAUGUUUUCUACACUGAACUACAUCUACCUUACACCAUGAUGGAGGGCUGUCGGUGCACAGGAGGAUAGUGCUGAAUAUGUUGACCUUUGCAAUCAGAACGAAUGUAUACUGUUUGGCCAAUUUAUUACUACAUUGCUGUGUCACUAAACUCCAGCUCUUUAAGUUGUUUUUGCGAAACUGUGCAAGGAUUAGGCCUAAUCAGUAUUUUACAUCUAUGUAAUGCACUUAACUCUUACCCUCUUUAUAUGAUAACGUGAACACACCUACAACUGCUAUGUAAAUGUAUUAUUAUGUGAGAGUAUGCGGCAUUCCAAGGCUUAUUAUGUACUGUCUAUUGCCUUUUUUUUGUCAACUUCUAAUUUUGAAAAUAUGGUUGAUGAGAUUUACAUGUGCUUAUUCCCCUCUGCUUUUUGUUUUCAUAGACAAUGUCACUUGCUUGCUGAGUUUGCCUUAUGUGCAAAUCAUUUAACAAGUGUCAGUAAGAUCCAUGUAUCAUACCAAUCAUAAAUAAUUACUUUGAGCUGUUUCCUGUUUUUCUUUGUUAAAAAAAAAAAAAAAAAAAUCACAAAAACCUUGCUUCGGUUCUUAAGGGAUAUUUGUUUGUUUUAGCUUCAGUUAACACAAACUGCCAUUCCCAUUUGCACAUGAAAUUAAUGAAGAUGUAUUUAUACAUUUAUGAUAAUUUAAUGGGGAUGCCUAAACCGACCACCGAAGCCUUGAACAUAUAAAUGGUGUUUAAUAGCAUUGAGCAUUUACAAUAUGUAGUUAGCUUUCUAGAGUUGUUUGUGAAGGAUUAUUUGUGGACUCUUAUUUUGUAUUUUUGUCAUGUACAAUGUAUCAGAGUAUAGUUUUGUUUUGUUUUUUUGGGUCAUAUAUGGCUACUGCGUGCACUCUGCAAUAGAAUUUGGGUAUGAAAUGCACUCCUUUUGAUUGAAAAUGUUUGUCUGCUUAUACAAAAUCUGCAGUACUUGAUUGUAUUGAUAUCACAUCAAUAAAAAAACUUUCUUGUA